CAGUUACUUACCCCGCAGCUAAAAACAGGUACUGGGCGCGUCGCAAGAUGGUGGCUCCUAGGCGACAAGCAGUUACUCUGGCUAUCAUCACCAUCCUUCUUUUUCUCACUACUAUCCUCUGACAACAUCCCUCUGGCCUUUGACCAGUCCUUUCACAUCAGUCGUCGCCCAACAUGUCGAUCACUCACAUUGUCAUGUUCCAAUUCAAAGCGGAGGUCAGCCCCGAAAUAAUCAAAGAUGUGUGCUCUCGGAUGCUCGCUUUGAAAGAUAAUUGUAUACACCCCAACUCACAGAAGCCAUACAUCCAGGCCGCGUCAGGCGGGGAGGACAACUCGCCCGAAGGCAUCCAAAACGGCAUCACCCACGCUUUCGUAGUGCACUUUGCGAAUGCUGAAGAUCGCGAUUACUAUGUGUCCAAGGAUCCAGCUCACCUGGCAUUUGUCAAAAGUCUGGAUGGUAUCAUCGAGAAGGCGCAGGCGGUCGACUUUAUCGAUCGUGUCUAUUGAUCUGCUGCAUAGCACUUUGGGGCUCAAUGCAAGGGAGUCGAGGGCAGGAACAUCCUCGUUCCCCUCGGUCGCCUGGAAUAUUAGUGCUAAUGUCAUUGUUAGAUGAAUGUGUACACUUAUGGUUGUAACGUAUUGAAAUGGCCUGAUUGUCCCAAUAAUAAGGUUCUAAC